AUGUGCGGUGGAGCGUCCCUAGCGGAUGUCAAGGUUCCCACGGUGACACGAAAGCUGAAGAAGACGGCUCUAUGGGCCGAGAAGAACAAGCCUCGGUGUGGCGGCAGCGGGGACCGGCAUUUCACAGGGCUCGGUGAGCACGGGGGAGUCGACCUAGACGACAACAAGGACUACGAGGCCGACUUCAAAGAGUUCGAGGCCAACUCUGGGGAGUCCGACCUGGAGCUCGGGCGUAGUAAGGUGGAUGAGAAGGAUGACGAUGACGAGGCCGUCGAGAUCAAGCCCUUCGUCGCCGUCAAGAGGUCCCUCUCCCAAGAUGACUUAAGCACCAUGACUACUGCAGGUUUUGAUGGUACUUCAGCCAAAAGGAAGAGAAAGAACCAAUUCAGGGGUAUCCGUCAGCGCCCCUAGGGUUAGUGGGCUGCUGAAAUCAGAGAUCCUAGCAAGGGUGCACGUGUCUGGCUUGGUACUUUCAAUAGUGCCGAAGAAGCUGCAAGAGCUUAUGAUGUUGAAGCACGCAGGAUCCGUGGCAACAAGGCCAAGGUUAACUUUCCAAAGGAACCAAUAGUUCCUCAGAAGCGUCGUGCUCGCCCUACUACUCUUAAAGCACCCAAGCUAUGCGUGGCACAAGAACCCUCUGUCAUGCCAUCAGUGAACAACCUCGCCAGCCCAAAUGCUUCCGUGUACCCAUUUACUGACUUCGCAUCAAACCAGCCACUUGAUCUGCCUGACAAUGUGUCAUUUGUUCCUACAAUGAACUCUACUUCCCCUGUUGAAGCCUUUAUUAUGAAUCUUUACUCUGACCAGGGAAGCAACUCCUUUGGCUGCUCUGAGUUGGACUAUGAUUAUGACACCAAGACUCCAGAUAUACCUUCCAUUGCUCCCAUUUCUACCAUAGUUGAAGGAGCGGAAUCUACACUUGUCCAAGGUAACACCUACAACUCAGUGGUGAUUGCUGAAGGAGCUAAAUCUGCACUUGCCCAGAGUAACACCUACAACUCAAUGGUGCCUCCUGUUAUGGAGAACAAGGAUGUCGAUUUCGAGGCCUUGACGAGGUUUCUUAUGGAUGAUGGCAUGGACGAGCCGAUUGAUAGCCUUCUGAAGUUUUAUGUGCCUCGGGAUGUCGUUGGCAACAUGGACCUCUGGAGCUUCGAUGACAUGCCCAUGUGUGGCAAAAUUUUCUGA